AUGGGAGAUGAUCGGAGGACGUUCUCGUCCGCGAGGCAACGGUGCUUGAGCGAGGCGGAGGUAGAUGCGGCGGCGCGAGGAAUGGGGCUGGCUUGGGCGGUUUGUUUCUAUAUCCGCCCCGUCUCUUUGUCUCUCGCACACUCUACGCCCACCGGAGCCAAAACCCUAGAUGAAAUCCUAAUUGGCGAGUCAUCUAGACCUUCGCUCGUCCAGGCCUUCCACUCGUCUCCACUCUGGCGUCUCCAUCGCGAGUCCACCAACCACCUGAUGUGGGCAGCAACUCCUUUUCGACCGCAACGACCGCAACUCGCUUUCGAUGCAACUGAUGGUGGUGGGUUUCUCGGCUACAUGGUGUGGACUGUGCAGGAUGAUGGAACCAUCAAGGUGAAGGCUCCCAGGGACAAGCUUACGCUUAACUUCAAGCAUCUGAACCUCGAUUUCCGGCUCAUCACAGACGAGGCCACCGGAGAAAAGAAGCUGAAUAUGGACAUGUGGUUUAGCAGCCGGCCAUGUCACUGCAUCACUCAGGGUUUGAGAUGUGUAACUUCCUUGGGGAGAAGAGGAUGUGUAUCUUUUAAGACCAUGACGGGCCUGAACGGCUUUAAGAAGUCAAGUGGCUAUAAUAUUGUGAAAUCUUCAGUUUUGCUUGUCAAUUCGUAA